AUGCCUCAGAAUGCUCGUGCGCUCGUUGUGAGAGAGCUCGGAGGACCUUUUACUCUCGAGGACAUCAUUGUUGAUGAUAUACGGCCUGAUGAGGCCCUUGUCAAAAUUGAAGCCUCGGGUAUCUGUCGCACGGAUUUACAUUGUGCAGCCGGUCAUCGUCCAGUUCAAGUACCCGCCAUCUUCGGACACGAAGGUUCGUGUGCUGGAACCGUACUCCAAGUAGGCGAACAAAUUACAGAUAUUCAACCUGGCGAUAAAGUUUUGCUGAGUUACUCCAUCUGUCGUGUCUGCAAACAAUGUCGUUCUGGAAACCGAGCCUACUGCGAAAGGAUACUUGCCCUCAACUUCAGCGGCAAGCGAGAAGAUGGCUCUAGUCCUCUGUCUCUACCAGAUGGUCAAGCUCUGUUUAGCAACUUCUUCGGUCAAAGCUCGUUUUCGGAUAUAGCGGUGGUCAACGGGACUAGUCUGGUCAAGGUUGCUGCGGAUACACCUUUGCAGCUCUUUGCGUCACUUGGGUGCAGCAUGCAGACUGGAGUCGGCGCGAUAUUCAAUACAUUGGAUGUACAACCAGGGUCGACCGUAGCAGUCUUUGGCGUAGGCUCCCUCGGAUUAUAUGCGAUCAUGGCCUGCAAGCUUCGACAAGCAAAGAACGUCAUUGCAAUCGACAUACAGCCAUCACGUCUUACACUCGCAUCAGAGCUUGGAGCGACUGCCACUAUCGACAGUUCACAAGGUGAUGUAGCAGAAGAGAUUCGAAAAAUAUGCGGACCAUCUGGUAUUGAGCGAGCGCUGGAUUGCUCAGGGGUUGCGGAAAUCAUCGAGACAAUGAUAGAGUCCUUGGGAACGAGAGGCAAAGCUUGCUCUGUCGGCUCUAAUGCGCCAGGCACUCGGAUAAGUAUAGAUGUGCAUAAGCACUUUGUUCGGGGCACACAAUAUGUUGGGAGUCACCAGGGCGAUUCUGAUCCUCACGAGAUGGCACCGAUGCUUCUGAAGGGGUAUUCGCUCGGGAGAUUGCCUCUUGAGAAAAUCACGACCGCUUACAAGGUCGAAGACUUUCAGCGCGCGUUCGACGAUGUUCAAUCGGGCAAGACCGUGAAGGCUAUUCUGACCUGGAACUAG